AUCAGAAGAGCCCUCUGCUGCAGCACUGAGCUAUAAAAAUCUCUCAGUGCUGUUUAGAGACAGAUAUCAAAACCAGCUUUCAUACUGAAACAGACUCUCAGCGGACACAAAGAUGAAUAUGCCACAGCUUCUCAUCCUCCUGUUGACCAUUUUGGUGCACGCAGCAGUCGCUUUCCCCACAGACAGAAGAGCUCAGCCUGACAAACACGCCUCCUGGGAUGACAUGAACAUUUUGGCUCACGGCCUCCUGCAGCUGGGCCAGGGUCUGAAGGAGCAUGUGGACAAGAACAAAGCCCAGAUGAGAGACGUCAACGCCAAACUGAAGGCCUUCAACCGCACGGUGGCUGAACUGGAGAGGAAGCAGCAGGAGCAAGAUGAAGCUCUGAAGGCAAGAAGCAAAGAGGUGGAGGAGGAGAGGCAGAGGCUGGCGGCAGAGCUGGCUGAGGAGGUGAGGGUGAGGGUGGAGGAGGUGAAGACACAGAGCGAGGACAUCCACACCAGGAUGGACAGACUGGAGGAGAAGGUGGAUGAGGUUCUCAAAGAGCCGACACUGGUCAGCAACAACAGCGAUCGCACAGGAGUCUCAUUUAUCCAGAGACUGGUAGCGGCUCAGAACAGACGCAUUGACCAGCUGGUGGAGAAAAUCAAGCAGCAACAAGACAAAUUGGAGAAGCAGAGUCUGCACCUGCAAACACUGCAAACCAAGGUUGCACACAAGAGAGUCAAAUCACACCGACGGAGAGAUGAAGAGACGGCACUGAGGGGAGAGACAGAAGAGCUGAGCAGAGACGCAUCAGGUUUGGCCAGAGACUGUCACGAUCUGUUUGUACGAGGCCAGCGAGCCAGCGGCAUCUACAAAAUCCAACCACAGAGCUCCCGGCCCUUCAACGUCCUCUGUGAAAUGACUUCAGAAGGUGGAUGGACCGUGAUCCAGAAACGUCAAGAUGGAUCCAACAACUUCAACCAGCUGUGGGAAAGCUAUAAGAAAGGCUUUGGCAACCUGAAUGGCGAGUUUUGGUUGGGCUUGGAGAACAUCCACUCGCUCUCCAAACAAGGCCAGUACGUCCUGCAGGUGGAGCUCUCUGAUUGGGCGGGAGAGCAGCAGCAGCGGGAGGCUCGUUAUCGAUUCCAACUUGAAGGAGAAGAGAAGAAGUUUGCUCUCCACCUGGAGCAGACGUCUUCAUCUGGGGCUCAGGAGAACAUGACAACCGCAGAAUCCGGUCUUCCUUUUUCCACCGCCGACAGAGACAACGACCUCGCUGCAGAUGUAAACUGUGCUGAACUGCUCUCAGGUACGAAACCUCAACACAUUCAAACUGUCUGGAGUGGCUUAAUACCACGAAUAAUCAGAACGAAACAAAAAUGUUGCUAUAAAAAUGCUCUUCUUGUGUUGCAGGUGGUUGGUGGUUCAGUAGUUGCGGCGAGUCAAACCUCAAUGGCAGAUAUCCCAGAAGGCCGAGCGUGCUCAGACGGCAGCGGUCCAGAAGACAAGAGAUGUUCUGGUCGUCCACAAAGGGACAAAGCCACUCUGUGAAGGCCACGCUUCUGAAGAUCGCACCCGCCACAAUAAAACAAUAAGCAGAUCAGUCUGCCUGAAACAGCAGAGGACCAAAGAAAACACGACUCUAUUUAAUACUAAUUAAUGAUCUCUCCGAACAGGAUCAUCACAUAUUUCUAUGCUGUGCCAUACGAUCAAUAAGUGUCACAGUGGACAUGUUCAGUCAUAUUGACAGUUGUUUAUUCCCUUUAUAAGGGCUUCUUGAGCUUUUUUUGUAAUACUUACUGCAUGUGUUUUCAGUAGUUCUACAGUUUAUUAUCUACAUCAUUUAUACAACAUUUUAUAUUUCAUUUAUAUGAAGUGGAUGAGAAUAAAGUUUUUUGAAAGUUUAA